AUGCGUGAGGCCAUUUGCAUUCACAUUGGCCAGGGCGGAGUGCAGAUCGGAAAUGCCUGCUGGGAGCUCUUCUGCCUCGAGCACGGAAUCCAGCCCGAUGGCCAGAUGCCCUCGGACAAGACCAUCGGAGGUGGCGACGACGCCUUCAACACCUUCUUCAGUGAGACCGGUGCGGGCAAGCAUGUCCCUCGUUGCGUCAUGGUCGAUCUCGAGCCUACGGUCGUGGAUGAGGUGCGCACAGGCACGUACCGCCAGCUGUUCCAUCCGGAGCAGCUGAUCUCUGGCAAGGAAGAUGCUGCAAAUAAUUUCGCACGUGGCCACUACACCAUUGGGAAAGAGAUCGUCGACUUGGUUCUCGACAGGAUCCGCAAGUUGGCCGACAACUGCACUGGUUUGCAGGGCUUCUGCGUCUACAACGCUUGCGGAGGCGGAACCGGCUCCGGCUUGGGCUGCCUCAUGCUCGAGCGCCUGUCCGUGGACUACGGGAAGAAGAGCAAGAUCUCCUUCACGGUCUGGUGCUGCCCUCAGGUGGCAACGGCAGUGGUCGAGCCCUACAACACCGUCUUGUGUGUCCACUCCCUGCUAGAGCACACGGACGUCACCAUCAUGUACGACAACGAGGCGCUCUACGACAUCUGCCGCAGGAACCUGGACAUCGAGCGUCCCACGUACACCAACCUCAACCGCCUCAUCGCUCAGAUCAUCUCGAGCUUGACGGCGUCCCUGCGCUUCGAUGGAGCCUUGAACGUGGACAUCACGGAGUUCCAGACGAACCUGGUGCCCUACCCGCGUAUUCACUUCAUGCUCACUUCCUACGCCCCGGUCAUCUCCGCCGAGAAGGCCUACCAUGAGCAGCUGUCUGUGGCUGAGAUCACCAUGUCCGUCUUCGAGCCCGCUUCUAUGAUGGUGAAGUGCGAUCCUCGUCACGGAAAGUACAUGGCCUGCUGCAUGAUGUACCGUGGCGACGUGGUGCCCAAGGAUGUGAACGCAGCCGUGGCCACCAUCAAGACGAAGCGCACCAUCCAGUUCGUGGACUGGUGCCCCACCGGCUUCAAGUGUGGCAUCAACUACCAGCCGCCCACUGUCGUGCCAGGUGGCGACUUGGCCAAGGUCAUGCGUGCUUGCUGCAUGAUCUCCAACUCGACGGCCAUUGCCGAAGUCUUCUCGCGCAUCGACCACAAGUUCGACCUGAUGUACUCGCAGCUCGCCUUGAAGCGCGCCUUCGUUCACCACUACGUUGGCGAAGGUAUGGAGGAAGGCGAGUUCUCUGAGGCUCGCGAAGACCUGGCGGCCUUGGAGAAGGACUACGAGGUGGGCAUCGAGACCGCGGAGGGAGAAGGUGAAGAGGAGGGUCCCUGGGCAAAAGCUGGUGCAGGAGAUCUGGGGGCUUCCGAGGCUACGGCGACGAGUUCUGAGAGGCUGGACGUCUGCGGCCGCGGUUUGCGCUACAUGCGCGCAGAUCGCUCCUUGCAACCUUUGGGCCAGGGGGGAAAAGCCAUUUGCAUUCACAUUGGCCAGGGCGGUGUGCAGAUCGGAAAUGCCUGCUGGGAGCUCUUCUGCCUCGAGCACGGAAUCCAGCCCGAUGGCCAGAUGCCCUCGGACAAGACCAUCGGAGGCCUCCUCUCCGCUUUUGCUUCUCAGGGGAUCAAGGGCUGCAGAGAGGGCCGUUCAGUUCAGAACGGGGAGGGGGAGAAUCGUUCGCAGCGCAGAGGUGGCGACGACGCCUUCAACACCUUCUUCAGUGAGACCGGUGCGGGCAAGCAUGUCCCUCGUUGCGUCAUGGUCGACGGGGCCUCAGUUGAACUGAUACUGAUCAUGAAGCCGGUGUCAAAAGGCGGUGACUUGCAGGAUCUCGAGCCUACGGUCGUGGAUGAGGUGCGCACAGGCACGUACCGCCAGCUGUUCCAUCCGGAGCAGCUGAUCUCUGGCAAGGAAGCAAAUAAUUUCGCACGUGGCCACUACACCAUUGGGAAAGAGAUCGUCGACUUGGUUCUCGACAGGCUUGCGGAGGCGGAACCGGCGCCUGUCCGUGGACUACGGGAAGACCUGAGCCCUAUGCCCUGGAACAUGGUCUUGUGUGUCCACUCCCUGCUAGAGCACACGGACGUCACCAUCAUGUACGACAACGAGGCGCUCUACGACAUCUGCCGCAGGAACCUGGACAUCGAGCGUCCCACGUACACCAACCUCAACCGCCUCAUCGCUCAGAUCAUCUCGAGCUUGACGGCGUCCCUGCGCUUCGAUGGAGCCUUGAACGUGGACAUCACGGAGUUCCAGACGAACCUGGUGCCCUACCCGCGUAUCCACUUCAUGCUCACGUCCUACGCCCCGGUCAUCUCCGCCGAGAAGGCCUACCAUGAGCAGCUGUCUGUGGCUGAGAUCACCAUGUCCGUCUUCGAGCCCGCUUCUAUGAUGGUGAAGUGCGAUCCUCGUCACGGAAAGUACAUGGCCUGCUGCAUGAUGUACCGUGGCGACGUGGUGCCCAAGGAUGUGAACGCAGCCGUGGCCACCAUCAAGACGAAGCGCACCAUCCAGUUCGUGGACUGGUGCCCCACCGGCUUCAAGUGUGGCAUCAACUACCAGCCGCCCACUGUCGUGCCAGGUGGCGACUUGGCCAAGGUCAUGCGUGCUUGCUGCAUGAUCUCCAACUCGACGGCCAUUGCCGAAGUCUUCUCGCGCAUCGACCACAAGUUCGACCUCAUGUACUCGAAGCGCGCCUUCGUUCACCACUACGUUGGCGAAGGUAUGGAGGAAGGCGAGUUCUCUGAGGCUCGCGAAGACCUGGCGGCCUUGGAGAAGGACUACGAGGAGGUGGGCAUCGAGACCGCGGAGGGAGAAGGUGAAGAAGAGGGCUACGGCGACGAGUUCUGA